AGCAGCAUAGUGCCGAAUUUAUAGAUCGGGAUCGCUGAUAAAAGAGACCAACUGUGGCAUCUCAUAAUUUAGUUUUCUCCAUGGCUCAUAUUGUGCUCUUCCCCUUCCUCGCCCAAGGUCAUCUGAACCCCUUCGUCUCCCUCGCCGACCUCCUCCUCCGCCGCCGGCCCGCACUCACCGUCACCCUCGUCUCCACCCCUCGCAACAUUGCCGCCCUCCGUGCCUCCCUUCCCCCCGACUCCCCUCUCCGCCUCCACUCCCUCCCCUUCUCCCCCUCCUCCCACGGCCUCCCCCCGCAAGCCGAGUCCCUCGCCGCCAUCCCCGUCCGCCAGUUCAUCACCUUCUUCCAAGCCUCCGAAUCCCUCCGCCCCGCCUUCGACGACUUCAUCGCCGGCGCUCGCGGCUCGUCUCCCCUCUGCAUCGUCUCCGACUACUUCUUCGGGUGGACCGUCGACGUCGCGCGCAAGCACGGCGCCUUCCACUCCGUCUUCCUCACCACCAGCGCCUUCGGCGCCGCCGCCUACUUCUCUCUGUGCACCCACCUUCCCCACGCGCUCACUUCCGACGACGAGUUCCCGCUUCCCGACCUUCCGGACGUCGUCGUCGUCCACCGCUCGCAGCUCUCCAAGUACGUUCUCGCUGCCGACGGCACCGACCCUUUUUCGCGCUUCUUUCGACCGCAGAUAUCGUUUUGUCACGCCACCGACGCCGUGCUGGUGAACACCGUCGAGGAGAUCGAAGCCGCCGCCGGACUCCGCAUGCUCCGAUGCACCCUCAGCAACGCAGCACCCGUCUUUCCCGUCGGGCCGCUGAUUUCUGCUUCUGCGUCCGAGCAUCCAUCGUCGCCUGCAGCUUCUUCGUCGGAGAUCGUCGAGUGGUUGGACUCGCACCCGCCGCGGUCGGUGAUAUACGUGUCGUUCGGGUCGCAGAACACGAUUCAGGCCGCGCAGAUGACGGAGCUGGCGAUGGGCUUGGAGGCGAGCGGGCGGCCGUUCGUUUGGGUGGUCAGGCCGCCGGUGGGCUUCGACGUGACGGCAGAGUUCGACGCCGAGUGGCUGCCGGAAGGGUUCGAGGAAACGACGAGGAAGGAGAAGAGGGGGCUGGUGAUACGCGGGUGGGCGCCGCAGGUGGCGAUUCUCCGGCACGAGUCGACGGGCGCGUUUCUGAGCCACUGCGGGUGGAAUUCGAUGCUGGAGGGCUUGAUCCACGGGGUGCCGAUCAUCGGGUGGCCGCUGGCGGGGGAACAGUUCUUUAAUGCGACGAUGGCGGCGCAGCUGGGGGUGUGCGUGGAGGUGGCGAGGGGGAACAUGGAGAGCUCGCGGGUGGAGCGGGGGAGGGUGGCGGAGGUGGUGGGGGCGGUGAUGUCGGGGAAGGAGAUGAGGCGGAGGGCUGCGGAGAUCAGGGCCGUGAUGGAGGCGGCGUGGAGGGAGGGGAUCGGGCCGCCUGGGUCGUCGGCGAAGCGGCUGCAGGAAUUUUUUCAAGUGGCGGGUGUGAGGUAAUUAAUUGUGUCUCGAGUCUCGACUCGAUUGGCGGCGUUCCAGUCCUCACUCCUAGCUCGCCGCCCCUUCUUGAUGGGUUAGUGAGUGAAAAGAUUGUAAACAUGUUCUGCGUGAAU